UUGUGUGUGUGUGUGUGUGUGAUCUUACGUUUACCACUGCAGAAUGUUGUUUACACUAGCUUCUUGCCACUUACAUUUGUUUUUGAUGGUGCAAGCCCAAUACUGCGCAAUUUUGUCUGCCAUAUAACCACGGCAGACAGUCCACUCUAUAUUAUACACAGAGUUGUCAUUAACAUAUUGCAUAUCAUUGCACAUCAGGUACCAGAUCAACAAAGCUUACAAAGCUUACGGGAUGUUAAAAUCGAUUGAGUCUUGGGGAAAUUUAUAUGUAGGGCAUGGGAAACUGUCUUGCACUUGCAGGAGUGUGGCUUUUUCUCCCAAGAUAGUAUCACAACAUCUCAAGGUCGUCUGAUCUUGGUCACAUGACCACUUCAGACUUUGGUCACAUGAUUUCAGUGACGUUGUAGAAAUAAUCAAAUGUAAUUUGGCUGGUGCAUCUAUACAAAUUCUCUUCAAGUUGGGCAGUGGUAGAUAUGCCUACGUGCCAGUCUGGGGCCCCCACAUUUCAGGGAGAUUCACAAAGAGGGGGGGGGGGGGGGGACGACAAAAUACAAAGAAAGAAAAGAAUUAGCUUUUUGUUUUUCUGGGCCACAGCAACGUCAGAAACAGCUAUGAAUGCCUACUAGUGCAGUUACUAGACAUCUAGGUCCUCGUGUUCUGACCGGCAGUGGCGUGUGCAGGCGCAUAUAAUAAUUAAAGAACACACAUUAUAUCCCGUGAGAGUGGUCCUUUUUCCUUCUUAAUAUGCUUCACCACAUAACAAGGCUGCAUAGCAGCGGUGAAGCUGACUUAAUAUAACCGGCCAUUAUGCAACACCUAUUAGACCUUUGCUUCAUGCACACUCUUAAUGCACCUCUCGAUUUGAAGCGAACCGAGUGAGGUCUACAUUGCCUACACACAAAUGGCUUCGAUUUGAAUCAUACUUCGGCUAGCUACCUAGUGCAUAAUCGCAAUUGCGAUGCAGCUGUGCUGCAUGAGCAUGUUCUGUCGUGGUGGGGCAGUUUUUCGGGAGGUUUGUGGCCGUGGCCGUACAAGCGACAGGACAGUUCGGAAUUCGGGAGUCUCCUGGACGAACUGGAAGAGUUGGCAGGUGUGCAUAUGCCACGUGCAUGCUCAGGUCGUCGGCGACUAUAGUAGCAUUCUUUUCUACUUUUUCCCAGCAACGAUGCAAGUUGAGAACGGCCUCACGAGCAAGCGUGCCAGAGCAGAGUGCCUGUGGAGGUGCGAACAGUGCAACUACACCACCCGCCACCGGGGCCACCUGAACCAGCACGCGUCGGUGCACUCGGGCAGGCGCCCCUUCAAGUGUAACCUGUGCCCCAUGGCGUUCAGCCGCCGAGCUAAGCUGGCCAAUCACCUGCAAAUGCACAUACGCCGCAACAGGUUCCAGUGCCGCUUCUGCUCCUCCUUGUUCACCAACCAGUCGACUCUCGGGCGGCACGUCACUCUAAUGCACCUGACGUCGUAGAAUGGUGUCGGUAUGUUUUGCUGCCAAGCACGAGGUCACGGCUGUGAUACUUGGCGGCUGCAGUGACAUUCAAAUGGGUGCGAAAUGCAAGGAUGCUUGUGUAUUGGAUUACGGGGCACGUUCAAGAACAAGAAAAUAAAAGAGGUCGUGUUGCAUUUGAA